CAGAGGAGGAACAAGUCUUUAUCCCUAAAUAUGAAAAAAGUUUUCAAAACUUAAAUGAUAUGAGAGAGCUUUAGUUGGAGGGUAAGUGGACCUAACUCUACUAACUCCAACAUAUCCUUUAAUUUGUUUCCAAUCUCUCUAUAUAUUUGAUCACAACUUACAAGGAAUUUCCUUUGUCACACAAUUUUAUUAGAAUAAAGAUACUGUUACACUCAACACACAAAAAUGGCAAACUUGAGUACACUUGUUGGUUUUCUUGUCAUCAUCUUCUUCAAUGUGUUUGCACCUGCUUCUUCUGCCAGUCACCCCGUCGAAUGGUCGCUCGGGAAAGACUAUAGCUCGUUGGCUACCGGAAAGUCCUUCGCUGUUGGCGAUACCAUCGUGUUCAACUACGGUGCGGGUCACACGGUGGACGAAGUGAGCGAAAGUGACUACAAGAGUUGCACAUUGGGGAACGCAAUUUCUUCGGACAGUAGUGGAACCACAAGUAUAGCUCUCAAGACAUCUGGUCCUCACUACUUCAUCUGCGGUAUCCCCGGCCACUGCACCGGCGGCAUGAAGCUCUCUGUCACCGUUCCAGCAGCUUCAUCAGGCGGCAGUACUGGAGACGGUACCACUGACAAAAAUACACCCGUACAAGACGGAAAAACUACACCUUCAGAAGGUAAAAAGGCUAGUCCUUCUGCUUCGGGCACGGCCGUGUUGAAGCCGUUGGAUGCUUUGGUUGUGACUUCUGUAGUUGCAUUGUUGUAUGCUUUGGCUCUCUCUUAAUUAGUUGGUUUCAAGUGUUUUGCUGUGGUUUGACUCGUUUGAAGGACCAGGCUAGAGGCAGUGCUAUUAUAUGCUUCUUAUUAUUAAUUAUCUCUCAUGAUUUUUCCUAUGUUU